UAGUCGUUCAACUCUGUUCAACUGGCAACUUUGCUUGGAUUCUGGAAAUCCUGUUGAGUCCUGAUCGGCUAAGUCCUGAUGAUCAUUUUCAACUGUUUUUGUCGGAAGUUUGAUUUUUUAAUAACAUAUUAAAUCUUACGGUUAUAUUUCUGGUGCUAGUAACACAAAAAGAAACGACUCCGACCACGACAAUCGGAUGCGUUAAAGUCGGCUAAUGGUGUGAUGUACAGAACAAUAGAUGAGGCUUGAUUGACCUUCAAUAAAGCGGAAAGUGAUUCACCGAAUACACUAGAGACUUUCUAAAACAUGCUCCCAACUCAUCUGUUUAAUGAUCCGGAUGUCCUGCAUGAGGCAAACGGCAGCAACGCAUCGUAUAUGUGCUAUACCGGAAUGGAAUCGUUUAAUAGUAACGAUUCCAUCGAUAACGAACAUCCAUUGGCGCUGAUGUAUCCUUACUUUGGAUAUUCAUCCUUCAGCUCAAGGAAGUUUGAGUUCAACGUCAGCGAACUCACAUCUUCCAUGCAAGGGUUCUCUAUCGACGUUGCUGGAAUAGAGCGGGAGCUAAGGACAUCAGGGAAAAGAGACACGGAUCUGAUUCGGCAAGAUUUCAUUCGGAAUGGAAUUGAAUCUUCCAUUAGUGAGAGAGGAAUUUUGUGUACACGCCAUCAAGCCGGGUUCGGCACUAAUUCACUCUGGCCGAAAGAUACAUCCAUCGGCAUGAACAAUCAAUCCUUUUCGGCAUGCCCAACAGUUGAUGAUGCUGAAGAACAGCUGAGAGCGUUCGACAGCACGCAUAAACAAUCAAGACGCCGUCGCGUUCAGAAGGAGAACGAUUUUUGCGUCUUCUGCUACAACAACCAUGAAGCUGAAGAGACGUACUUAGGACAUACGUGCCGAGAUGUGAACGGAUUGGUCAUGUGCCCUAGGUUGAUGAAAUACGUUUGUCCCUAUUGCAAAGCAACGGGGAUUCACGCGCACACGAAAAAAUAUUGUCCAAAGAAACCGAUCAUCACACCGGCCGACUUGGAGAAGAUGGUCCUGGAUAAAGGACUACAGCCGAAGGAGCGAGCUGGGCACGACAAAGCAGCCGUUACCCGUGACAAAAAGGUGUUACGUUUUUAAUGUGUGUGUAAACGUUCGUUCGUUUACUCAAAUGGUGUUUUUGAUUAUUUUUAUGGAUUUUUUUCUUGACUAUGAUGAUUUUUUGAAAAACUUUCGAUGUUGAUCGAAAUCGAAUUUUGAUUAGUAUUUUGUUACGUUUCAUGAUUAUAUUCUCGAUAAAUUGUACUGAUUAAGUAUAAAGUGAUUGGAGAAAGCUCGAACUACGCUUAUACAAGCAGUUUUCAUGUGCAAACUAUGUUCAAUAGUUUAGAAUGUUGUCAAAAUCUGGGUCGGAACGAGGCCUUUAUUUUAUUUGCCAAAUAAAACCAUGUAUUCGCUAAUAAGCGAUCGAACAUA